AUGAACGAGCAGAUGCUGAUGGCCGACUACCGUUAUGUGAAGGAGGGUGAAAGUGCCCUUUGCAUCAAAGAGACUCCACCCACACCCCGCUCACCUGCCUCUAGGUUCAGACGCUGGUUAUUUCCUGCUCUGACAGGUGUGAUCCUGCUGAUUUCGAUCAUACUGCUGGGAACAACCUACAUGAAAAUGUCAAAUCACCUGCAGUCUUUGGAGCAGAGAUUAUCCAACCAGAGUGACAUCCAGUCACUGGAAACCUCAGUGCAACAGGCUCAAGAAACAGCCAAAGAAGUGAAGCAGCUGCAGUUUGCUGUUGAGAGCAACAAGAACCAGCUGACCUCAGUGUUGGGGGCGCUGAAGCAGCUGGAGGUCAUCGACUCUCUCAGCAGGAGUGUUGCCACCAUCAAAUGUUCCCUCAAACGUAUCAUCAACAACAGUUCAUCUACAGAAGGCUGCUGUCCUCCAGAUUGGACUGCUUUUGAAUUCAGCUGUUACUACUUUAGCCGUGGGUCUCUCUCCUGGAACGACUCCAGAGACUGGUGUGAAACACAGCAAGCUCACCUGGUCAUUCUGCGUGCUGACAAGGAGUGGGACUUUGUGAUCCAUCGAACCGCUCCUCAGCAGUUCUGGAUCGGUUUGUCUGACUGGAGAACUGGAAGGUGGGAGUGGGUGGACCAGACGCCGUACACUGUGGAGUCCAAGUGGUGGGACCCAGGGCAGCCCGACAACUGGGCUGAUCAUGGUUUAGGCCCUGGUACUGAAGAUUGCGCUCACAUUAACUAUGAUGGACUCCUGAAUGACCAGUACUGCUCCAUCAAGAAGAGCUUCAUCUGUCAGAAAAAUUACCUGGGUGCCUAA